ACACACAGCCUCGGAGCCUUCCCACCUUUACCUUCAUCAUUGCACUGGUCCUCCGCGCAUAACAGGUGAGAGAGUCGCGCUACUGACCCGUGGCUCACGCGUGUGUAGCAGUCAAACCCUCGUGCCCAACAUCUCUUCUGCUUCCCUCCACCACAUCACAUUGCUUACCAUCGAGUCAGCAAACUUGGCUGCACGGUAUCCCUCACGAUGAUGCGUGGAGAUCUCGGUGACGUUCCGACACUUGCGUGUCUCAAUAAACCGCAAAAGCGUGCGCUCAUCUUGCGCGAUGAGCUCCGAUAUUUCGAGCCGGCCCACCUAGACAACUUCCUCAGCGGCAUCACCACGGACGAGCCUCCCACAUACAAGAACGUGAAUGGAGCAGUCUGCCCCCCACUUUCACAGGUCACCAUCAAAGAUGAAGCUGCCCGUUUCGACCUGGGUAACGUCCAGUUCCCCGAAGAGGGUGGCGCUACGUAUCGAGCGUUUCUGACGGUGGAGGACGAGCGCUUCGAAAUGCGUACUGAAGAAGCGCUACCCAGGGACGAUGCUGAUCUAGCUUCGGUGCCUAUCCAUCGUUUUGUUGCAGAAAAUAUGUUCCCACUCUUCAAAACAAAGUACAAGGCCAUACAUGCAAGGAUGGAGAAGAUAAACGAAGCCCGACGUGUGGCCUAUAAUAUGCUCGAUCAUCCAUCGGCAAAGUUUGAAGAUGGAGAGACACUCACCAGGCUCACAGCCAAAACAAAAGCUAGCGAUGAUUCGUCUAGAGGCACAUCUCCCACUCCGAACCUGGUUCUGGCACAUCUAACGCACACUGCAGAUGGAGGCUCUCGUAAGCGCAAAGAGAUCACCAAACAUGCCUCAAACAAACGUCAACGUAUUGGGCUGGAGACGAUCCCUGAUACCGUCAAGAGUGAGACCUUCAACACGAUACCGGCACAGGUCAAGGUGGAUCUGUUCGACAACAUCAUCAAAACAGCGUUUCCCAACUUUGACAACCUGAUCGUUGCGUCCUGGAACGUCGUCUCCGUCUACACCAACCUGGGUAGCGACUUCCCUGAGCUCCACAAAGCCGUCGUCGACCUCAAGGGCGCACUGGAGGAGUUCGAGGGCGCGUAUGGUCCCCGUACGAAGAGCGGCAAGACCCGCAAGGAAGCCACGCCCACCCAGCAAGACAGCGAUGCAAGGCGCGCAGCGACGCCCGUCAGAACACCCAGAACGCCUGUGCCUGUCGCUAGAACGACCCCGGCUGUGGUGAGCUCACAGGAAGACAAUGACCACCACGACGACGGUAACGACCACUUUCAAAUGCCACCCCCACGCACCCCAGAACCGCGCCAGCACCCUUCCCAACCCGCUACCCUUCCCGCCGGCCCCCGCCACCUAACCAAUACUCCCCCCUCCCCCUUCCAGCUGCCGUCCUCGCGCCCAGCCUCGCCGAGCACACAUAUCCACCCCCCACCCCGCUCGCACUCGCACUCGCACUCCCGCAGCACCACUCGCGACCGCUCCACUGGUCCGCGCGCCUCCCCGUCCACCCACGCACCCCCCGGCUCAGAGCUCAUGCGCAAGCGACAGGCGUACACCGCGUCCCUGAGUGCGAACUCCAGCCACGCCGGCUCGAGCAGCGAGGUGCCGAUGCGGCAGUACGACGGAGGCGGCGGGGGACAGCAUGACCGUGAGGAGACGUACACGGACAGUGGUAGGAAUCGCGUUGGCAAGACGGAAGAGGAGGAGGAGGCGGACCGGUACAGAGGUGGCUCGGCGCUUCCGCAUCUGGGUAAAUCGGUGUUGGGGGCAAGGAAGAACGGGGGGAAGGCGCCGGUUGCGCCUAUGCUGCAUACCAGGAGGGAUGGGGGCAGGUGA